UAGGGGGAAAUCAUGAGUGGGCUGAUUUAACUUAUGGGACAAGGGACAGUGAGGGGAGGGGGUCACAGUGCAACUUAUCAGGUAGGAUCUGGUCCUUGGAUGAUCCUUGGAUGAAGCCAAGCAAGAACCAAUCUCAGGGAAUCUCAAUGAAGACUUGUCCACCUUGUUUUGGGAAGAAGUUACACUCUCCUGGGAAGAAAUAAAAUCAAGAUAAAAAGGAGUUAAAGAAUCAAAGCUGUCAGUUACAAGAGAAGUCAAAGGAGCUGCUGUUAAUGCAACAUGAUCUGCUGGGUCUUAUCCUAAAAAUACUUCUGUUCAGGCGAGUAGUCACUGUCUCUGUACUGUCUGGUUACCUGCUCAACAAUUCCUUUUUCAGACAACUGAGGUCAGAUAGCAUCAGUUUUAGAGAAUUUAACAACUGCAGAGAUGUUACCAAGAGUUUUAGUUUUCUGCACUGAAUUAAAUGGAUGGAUUAUUUGAAUUUAACUGGAACUAAGACCUGUUGAAAGACAUUUAGGCCCUGCCACGAUUUGGGUUCAGAAUACAACAAAGUGCUCUUUUUUUGAUGCAAUCUGGGCAGACAGGUAGAUAAUUCAUUGGAGAAGCCACAUAUAAGUUCAAACAUGAGAAAAGCAGAUGCAACAAUGACCCUGAAAAAGGGGGCAGAUGAAGCAGCAGCACCACCAAGUCCCAUCAUCCCACCAAAGCGGUCCAAAACAAGCCCAGAGCAGAUAGCCCCCGAAUCUCGAGGCCCCGGGCAUCCAAACCCAUCUCCACCCGUUUUUAUCCGAAAAAUGAGGAAUGCUGCAGUAGGUACAGGUUGUGACAUCCGCCUCAAGGUGACCGUGGCUGGGGACCCCCAACCAUCUCUGUACUGGUACCACAACGAUGAGCUCCUCAACAUGGAGAACCAGGAGUACGGAGGCCUUUGGAUUAGGGACUGCAAACCCAGUGAUGCUGGCCUCUACACCUGCAUCGCCAAUAAUCACCUGGGAGAAGCUCGGACGAGCGCCGUGCUGGCCGUCUUGGAUCUGGGUGAAGAUUCUGAAACAACUGAAGAUGAAGGUGGAGACCAGUUUGAGACCAAAGAAGACCGUGGGGAUGUUGAGGACCAGGCCGUUCAUGCUGUGAUGGACAAAUGUGGACAGGACAAAAGUAGAACACAUGGACAUGAGGAUCUCUCUACCAGAAGCCAGCCAGAAGAUUUUGCAAGAGAAUCUCCUCCCCAAGUUCUUCCACCGCCAUCGCCGAGGCUGGUCAAACGUGCCCCCUCUUCUCCAAUGCCAAGUCGCUGUGGUUCAACCACUCCUGUCAGCUCGCGUAGGAAAACUGUUGUGCCAACUGAAUACCAAGACACAGUUCCAGGGGAGUUUGAGGAAAAGACUAAGCAGGCAAAAAGUGUUUCUCCGGGAGGGGGAAAAGACUCCAGACCACAGACCCCACUGAGUGAGUCAUCCCGGAAAGAGUUCACCCUCAGGCCUUCUCCAAAGCUUACAAGGGCAAGUUCAAAGGUUUUUGAGAAGGUCCGUGGCUUAGAGGAGCGAAGACGAAGUCUUGAUAUUCCAGAAGGUUCCACCUCAGGCAGAUCCUGGGCAGGGUUCAACCGCGCUGGCUCUGUAGACUCAGACGAUGGUGGAAGCCGUUUGGGCAUCUCCAGAGAAAGUUCAAGAGAAGAUCUAAGAGAGGCACUGAAAGAGGAUGCUGCUGAACGGAGAUCCAUCUUUAAACAGAGAGCUGCUUCGCUAGAGGAGAAACCUCGCUACUCUCAAAAGGUUCAAGAUAUUGAAAACAAGUUCACGGAAGAGCUCCAGCGCAUCAAAAAACUUGUUGGGAAACCUCAUCUGAAAAAAUCUUUCUCCACUGAACAGCUCACCCUGAAGGGGAGGCACCGCCAGCCUUUCAGAAAAAUUGAACCAAUUCCUCCUCAAGUCCUACAGAAACUGCAAGAAAGGGAACGCAUGCAGUGGGAAAAGGAGCAGAGGGAGAAGGAACUGAGUCAACUACAAAUGCAGCAACAACAGCAGGAACUGUAUCAAUAUCAACCCCAAAAGACAAUAACUGGCUCAACAGCUAUAACAACAGGGAGAUUUAGAGAUGUCCCAGGGCCCCCAGAGUCGGUACAGUUAUCAGAGCUGCCAGGGCAACGGUACAUCAGGGAAUUGCACAGAGUAAGUCCAGUAACAGAAAUAGUUCCAAGGUCAUCUUCACCAGCAUUACAUCAACAACAAAGGGCAAAGUCACCCAAUGUCACAAUGACACUGCGUAAGGUUGAACGAAGGCCCCCAAGUCCACUUGUUCAGAGAGUAUCUCGAAUUCAAGAAUACCCACACAUCCAAGAGCCCGACUCAACAGGAAAAACACCAGUUGAGGAAGCAUUAAGAAAAAUUGAAAACAGACCUGAAAGUCCUCUGGUACAGAAAAGGCCUGUCAUUAUGCAAGAUCAUGCUCUUCAACCUCGCCCAAAAUCCCCAAGAGUAACAUCCAUUACUCCCACAGAGGACAUGAUGGAAGUGGAGGUGUCCAAACCAGUAUCAAAUUUAAAGGUCCCCACGAUUAUUGUCGAAGAUGAAAGAAUGGAUGAGGACGUCCCUGCAAAGACAAAAGAGUCCAAGCAGAUGAGUGCCAAGGAGGGAAAACCUUUGAAGACAAAAGGAAAAAACCGACGUCCUCGUCCUCUGUCUCCAGAGUUAGAUUCCUCAGAUGAUUCUUAUAUGUCUGCUGGAGAAGACCCAAUGGAGGCUCCCGUGUUUGAGUUUACCCUUCAGAAUACUGUAGCAUCUGCUGGUGCAGAUGUGCUACUAAAAACCAUAAUUGUUGGAACCCCAUCUCCGGAAGUUACCUGGACAAAAGACAACAUAGACAUCACAGGCAUGCUAAAUUACCUGGUCAAAGUGGAGGGUGAACGACAUAGUCUGCUGAUAAAAUCAGUUAAAACAACUGACAGUGGAAAAUACAGCGUAACUGCAGUUAAUCAGGUGGGAAGAGCCACCAGCAGCGCCACUCUUACAGUUAAAGCAGACUCUGUUCAGGAGCCAAAAGGAAGUCUGGGUCUGCCUAUGGAAAUCAGCAGCCCAAUAACAUCUGAUGAAGAGUAUCUAAGUCCUUUGGAGGAAGUUAUGGACUUUGGAGUUCAAGAGCCAAGACAAACUAUUGACGCAAGAUUCAGAGAACCUCCUGCUUUUCUGGCAACAAUGACAAAUCAAGCUGUCACUGAAGGACAGGAAGUCACCAUGUCUGUUCGAAUUACAGGACAACCCAAACCCAUGCUUUAUUGGCUGAGGGACAGAGUCACGGUGAAAACAGAUGCCCGUCACAUCGUACGGGAGACCUCAGACGGCACCUUUGCGAUGACGAUCAGGUCUGCAGUGAGAUCUGACUCUGGAGUUUACACGUGUCGGAUCAUUAAUGAGUAUGGGACGAAGCAGUGUGACGCAAGACUGGAUAUUAAAGCUCCACCAGUUGAGCUGAGUCUGUCCGUCAUCCGCCCGCUGAGGGACAUCACAGCGAAGGCCGGAGAGACAGUGUUAUUUGAGUGUCACGUCAUUGGACCGAACGACACUGAUGUGGACUGGCUCGCGGAUGGGAAACUGAUCCAGCCCGCCUUGCUGAACUGUAAGAUGCACUUCGAUGGGAGGAAGUGCAGACUGCUGCUCAAUUCUGUGCACGAGGACGACAGCGGGACGUACAUGUGCAAGCUUAGCACAGCUAAAGAGGAAGUAACAUCAAGUGGGAAACUCAAAGUCGUUCCGUCACUGGAGCCUCUGUUCACUCGGAAGCUGGAUGUUCUGGAAGUGAUUGAGGGUCGGAACGCUCGGUUUGACUGCAAAGUCAGCGGGACCCCGCCUCCUAAAGUCAUCUGGAGCCACUUUGACCAGCCCCUCAUUGAAAGUGAAGACAUUAGAAUCGUCCAGGAGAGCGGCCGCCAUUCUCUCAUUAUUUCCCAUGUGACCAGCGAUGAUGAGGGUUUCUACACUAUCAGAGCUCAAAACAGUCAUGGAGAGGCCGAGAACUCUGCUGAACUCUACAUACAAGAACCGCGACCAGCCAUCUCCUCUCAGAUGGCCAAACUGGAGAAGAUGCCAUCCAUCCCCGAGGAGCCUGAGGUCCCAGAGAAUGAGGUGGAGCGCUUCACCAUGCCUGACUUCAUCAAGCCCCUCUACGACCUGGAUGUGAUCGAGGGAAAAGAGGCUGUACUUAAGUGCAAAGUGGCCGGUUUGCCGUACCCAACCAUCGCCUGGUUCCACAACGGGAAGAGGAUUGAAAGCACGGAGGACAGAAAGAUGAUGCAGUUCCGUGAUGUGCACAGCCUGGUCAUCCGCUCUGUGUGUCACGCUCACGGUGGAGUUUACAAAAGCGUGAUCGCCAAUAAGGUGGGAAAGGCCACCUGUUAUGCACAUCUCUAUGUUACAGAUAUUCUUCCUGAUCCUCCUGAUGGAACUCCAGUGAUAGAGUCCAUUACUGGGAAAACCAUCACUUUGAGCUGGAAGAAACCCAGAAGGUUGGAUCCUUCCAUUGAUCCCAGCUCCCUGAUGUAUGCCAUCCAACAGCAAGCGCUCGGCUCCAUCCAGUGGAUCAUAAUCACAUCCGGCCUGAAAGAGACCACCUACACCAUAGCCACCCUCUCCAAAGGUGUGCGCUACGCAUUCAGGGUCCUGACCAUCACCUCUAAAGCCUUCAGCAAACCCUCCCCAGCCACCGAUCCGGUUCAGCUCCUGGACAGAGGUCCGUAUCUUCAGGAAGCUCCAGUGAUUAUUGAUAAACCUGACAUUGUGUAUGUGAUUGAAAACCAGUCAGUCACCAUCUCCAUCACUCUUAAUCAUGUCAACACUGCAGUCACCUGGAAGAGGAAAGGAGUGACUCUGACCAACAAGCAGGGUCUGUAUGAGAUGGCGAUGCCAGAUGACGACCAGCACACACUAAAGCUGCUGAAAGUGAAGGCUUUUGAUGUCGGUGAGUUGACCUUUGUGGCCACCAAUGAGUUUGGAAGCGACAGCUGCAGCUUCAGCGUGGAGACGGCCGCUACACCAACAUUUGAGACGAUCAUGGAAGACCUGGACGUUUGUGCCGGGGAGACUCCUCGCUUUGCUGUGGUUGUGGAGGGAAAACCUGUCCCUGACAUCCUCUGGUUCAAGGGGGACAUCUUGCUGUCAGAGAGCAGUCACUACACCUUCGUCUAUGACGACAAUGAAUGCUCCCUGGUGAUCCUAAAUGCCCAUCCCGAGGACUCCGGGGUGUACACCUGUACCGCCCGAAACCUGGCAGGAUCUGUGUCUUGUAAAGCUGAACUCACUGUUCAUGAGGCUAAGAGGAAGGAGGAACCAAUGGAUGAUGAGGAGAGUAUUCUGAGGAAGAUGCGCAGACUGACUGAUUACUAUGACAUCCAUAAAGAAAUUGGAAGGGGUGCAUUUUGCUAUGUGAAACGAGUAAAACAGAAGGCAACCAAAAUGGAGUACGCUGCAAAAUUCAUCUCGACUCGAGCCAAGAAGAAGGCAUCUGCUCUGAGAGAGAUGAGACUGCUGUCCAAGCUGGACCACCAGAGGGUCCUUUAUUUCCAUGACGCGUUUGAGAAGAAGAACACAGUCAUCAUCAUCACAGAGAUAUGCCAUGAGGAGCUGCUGGACAGAUUUACCAGGAAGUCUACGAUCCUGGAGUCUGAUGUGCGUUCAUGUGUACGGCAGCUGCUAGAAGGAGUGGACUACCUACAUCAUCUGAACAUCAUUCACCUUGACAUAAAGCCUGAUAACAUCCUCAUGGCAGAUCUCCAAAGUGAUCACAUCCGUUUAUGUGAUUUCGGCAACUCUGUGGAGGUCACCCCUGAUGAGGCUCAGUACUGCAAAUACGGCACACCCGAAUUUAUUGCACCAGAAAUCGUCGACCAGACGCCUGUUUCAAAAGCUACGGACAUAUGGCCUGUAGGGGUUAUAGCGUACCUGUGCUUGACUGGAAUCUCCCCGUUUGCCGGACAGAGUGACCGCAGCUCCGUUCUAAACAUCAGGAACUACAACGUGGCUUUUGAGGAGAACAUGUUUGCUGAUCUUUGCCGAGAGGCUAAAGGCUUCAUCAUCAAGCUGCUGGUAGCAGACAGGCUGAGACCUGACACUCAGGAAUGUCUGCGGCACCCUUGGUUCAAGAUACUAAGCAAGGGUAAGGCCAUCAGCACAGAGGGCCUGAAGAAGUUUGCUUCUCGCAGAAAAUGGCAGCGUUCCAUAAUCAGCUAUAAGUCAAAAAUGGUCAUGAGAUCCAUACCUGAGUUGCUGAAUGAUUCCUCGAGCCAUAUCUCCAUUGCGGUUCCAAGGCACCAGAAAGAGGGCUCACCUCUGCCAUCUUCAUCUUCUGAUUCAGAAGAAGACAUUGAUGAACUUCCUUUUAUUCCAAUGCCUCUUAACAUGGACUUCUCUGGAUCAAGAAUGUCACUCAAUGACAUUCAGAGCAAUGAGCAGGAAACAGGAAAGGGGAACGAAAAAGGUCAGUGGUCUGGUCCACCUUCCCACCCCCAGGAGGCAAUGGAGUGGGACUCUCAGGAGCAGGAAACAGUAAGAGGAGAGGCAAGAGGGAAAGGCCACCUUUGGAAGCGACCAUCGGAAGACAACGACAAAGGUUUCUCAGAAGAAUCACCUGCUGAACUGAUUCAAAAAUCAGAACUAUCAAGAAAACCCCUCAAAAGAGGAUCGAGCAUGGAGUCUGACAAGGCAGAAGGAGGCCGACAAAGAGGGGAACUACGGCGUGGUGGUUCAGCUGACAGUGCUUUGCUGCUCCGGAUUACACCAGAGGAAGGAGCUGGAGAAGAAAACCCUGAGGAAGGAAGGAGAGUCCUAAAGAAAGCCGUCUCCAUGGAGCUACCGAGGAGGAGCACCAGCCCAGGAACUGCAAAGAUGAGUCAGGAAGACUACGCUCUGAAACUGGAGUUGAUGAGACAGCGACUUCUUCGUGGUGGAUCUGUAGACAACAAGAUGAGCGGCCUGAGAGGACCUCUUCUAGAAACAUUAGGCAUGGGAGAUGACAAACGAGCAAUAUCUUUAGAUCGCUACUCUCGCACUGCUCGUCUGGGCCCACCUCCUCUUACCAGAGCUGCAUCCAGUGACUUUGCAAAGGAUGAAGUUCCCAAACCUAAAGUUCUACGUAAAAGCACUUCUUUCAGCCAAGGGGAUUCAGAACCCAUAGCUUUACAUCGCAGAUCAGGAGCACCUCUGGAGAUUCCUGUUGCACAAGUAGCAGAAAGGAGGCUUAAAGAAGCUAUUUCCAUGUCAGCUCUAACUGAGCAAACCAAGCUAGACUCCCGUCCAGAGACUCCCAGGGAAUCUUCUCCAAAACCACCAACUCCAGAGCCUGUUGUGCAAGAAACUCAAUCCAAAACAGAGAGUCAGGAUUCACUGAUGGAGAAAGAGACUCGAACAGAUGAGAGUGUAAAUGAGAAGAUGGAUGGACUGACUGCAGACAGUAAUUUUGAUGAAAGGUCGAGUACAAGUGGAUUCUCAGAGAAAGACAUGAGUAUUUCAGAGGAACCUUUGACGGAAGCAGAUAAUGUGGGCCAGAGAAUUCACACACCUCCUGACAUGGCCCUCAGCUCUCGAGAAGAAGAAAAAAUGCAGGAGGAAAUAGAAAGAGAGAGAAAGGAGCACAAAGAAAGUCAAGAGUUUUCAAGAAAAGACUAUGCAGUUGAGUCAAAAGCUAAAGAAAAUGUAGAAGAGAAGACCAGUACCCCAAUAAAGUCUUCUGAGAUGGUCAUAAGCACCAGCUCAGUUAUGGUGAAACCAACACAAGAACUUUACCAGCCCCCUGGCACUGUUACAUCAACAUAUAUAGCGCCCUCACUUCCUGCCCGAGUUGUUCUUCCAGAUGGAAGAAUGUCAGCUUAUGCCAGCAUUAUGCAGACCAUCAUAGUUCCUUCCCUUCAGCCGCUCAAUGAGGCACCUCUAGCCCCUUCUACUCCAGUUAUGGUUCCAGUCACUACUUCAGCCUCAGGCACAGCUCAGACAUCUUCACCAGAGAGCACAUCAUCCAACUUACCUGGUUCACCAAAGCCGAUCCUCAUGUCAACCACCAAGCACCCUGCGGUCUACUCCAGGGUAGCAUCACCAGAAAUGAUCACCAAAGAACCCAGUCCACCAAAGAUCGCUACGCAAACAUCAUCCCAGCAAGAUCUCUCAGCUGGAGCUGAUUUAGAAGACAUGACCUCUGAAGAGGUUUUUGAGGCACGCUUCAAAAAACGUGAAUCUUCCCUCUCAAGAAGUCUGAAAUUUCUCUCAAGGUCAAAGAAUGAAGAUAGACUGCCGGCCAUCCAGGCUGCAGCUGAUACAUCUGAAGAGAUAUAUAGACCUGGGCCAAUUGGUGCACCAUUACAGUUGGCCUCAAGGAGACUUGAGGAAAAGUCCAAGUCGGUCCAGGACCUUCGUGAAGCUCAAAAGGAUCAAGGUUUCAUGAGAAGGCUCUCUAUGCGCUUGAAGAGAACUCCAUCAACAGAGCGUACUGAUGAAGUAUUGAAAGAAGAGGAUUCAGUUGGUUCAAGACGUAGGCUCUCUUGGACUCUUGGCAGACGGGGUUCUCAGGAAAAGAAAGAGGUAGAGAUGACGAGGAUGGAUGGAGAAGGUGAUAAGCCAGUGGAAGAAAAGGAGCUGAAGAAACCCAAUGAAUCACCAGUGUUGGCGAUGCGCAGGAAGAUUGAAUCAACUAUGGCAGGAAUCUCCACAAGAAUUCGCAGUUACUCGGAAGAGAGACGAGCAGCGGAAGAUAAGGAAACGAAAAGAACACCAAUUCUUUCAAUACUUCGUCGGUCAACCUCAGAGAGUCGAGCUAUGAAGGCUAGCACUUUUCCUCAGAACCAGCUGGCAUCCCAGGCCAGUAAUGGGGCCUCAUCUGAGUCACUUGACUCAAUGUCCAGCCUAAAAUCAGAAACAUCAAAGGGUAUGGAAGUUGAGCAGAGAUCUAGAUGGGAUCGAUGGGGCUUGACCAGAGGGAAACGAGAAAAAACAGUAUCACAGCCUGACAUACCGACCGCAAUCUCCCGAGACAACAGUUCCUUACGUUCACGCCAGUACUCCAAGUUAGCUUCUGAUUUUCCUCCAGUAUUCCAUAUCAAGCUCAGAGAUCAUGUCCUUCUGGAGGGUGACCCAGUAACCCUCAGCUGUCUGCCAGCUGGAAGCCCACAUCCACACAUCACCUGGUUAAAAGACAAGAAGCCUUUAAAAAUUGAUGCCAGAAUGAAUAUGAUUUCCUGCCCUGAUGGCCGACAGCUGCUGAUGAUCAUGCAAACCACCAAAAAAGAUGCUGGGGUGUAUGAAUGUGCUGCUACAAACCCCCUGGCCUCUGUAUCCAGCUCCUGCACUAUAUCCCUCGCUCGCCUGCCUAAUUGUCCUGGGACCCCAGAGAUUCCUCAGAAAUAUAACAACACAGCUUUGGUGGUGUGGCGUCCCUCUGACACAAUGGCCCCUUGCACAUACUCUCUUGAGAGGAGAGCAAAAGGUGAAAGCAACUGGCUAAUAGUUGCAACUGGAGUGGCUGACUGUUACUACAAUGUGACCGACUUGCCAGCAGGGGGCGCCUUCAGGUUCAGGGUGGCUUGUGUCAACAAAGCUGGUCAGGGCCCCUACAGCAACCUGUCAGACGUUGUGACUCUGGAUCCCACAGAACCAACAAAAUCCAGUGCCUCUGUUGUUGUCAAGACUGUUCCUGUCACAAGUCCUCCACCCCCUGUGGUAAUGAUGUCGUCCAUGAAAGUGCCUCCCAUUAAACCAGCUCCCAGUAAAUCCACAACCGUGACUUCAGGGCCAGCUCCUGCUUCAUCAUUGGCUAAAUCUCCCUCUCCUGUAACCAUUAAGCCAGUUGCACAGGUCAGCGCCGGCCAACCUGCAGGAACUAUGCCCAUCACCCCACCCUCUGUUGAACAAGCUCCAGUUCAGACCCCAGUCACUCCAGUCACAUCACCGAAAGCCAAGACCUCGAUCAGCAUCAGUGUGAGCAAAACUCAAGCGAAGCUGGCACCUCCACCUGUUGUUCCACCCAAACCCCAGAGUCCUGUACUUACAUUAACCUCCAUGACUAACAAACCACCUUCUCCUGUAUCAAUGUCUGCUCCUCCUAUCGGGAAGCCUAUUUCCUCUCUGCCGAAGUACGUUCCAGCUGCGACAUCUCGUUUUACCCCUCCUUCUCAAGUUGCUUCCACUCCAGCGACUACAGAGUCCUCAGUCACUCCCGUGAUGAUUUCCCCUCCCGUUGUGAUAGUGCAGAGCCUGACACCAGUUCUACAGGGAGGGGACAGUCACAGUACCCCUACUGGACGUACUACCCCAUCCGGGCGGCUUACACCUUCUGGACGCAGGACCCCACUGGGCAAACCUGGGGAGGGAUCUUUACGCCAGGGAGUUCCACAGAAACCUUACACCUUUAUGGAUGAGAAAGCAAGGGGUCGGUUUGGUGUUAUCCGGGAGUGUCGUGAGAAUGCUACCGGCAACCUCUUCAUGGCAAAGAUUGUUCCCUAUGAGGUAGACACUAAACAGGCAGUGCUUCAGGAGUAUGACAUCCUCAAAUCCCUUCACCAUGACAGGAUUAUGGCUCUACACGAGGCCUAUGUCACGCCACGCUACCUGGUGCUCAUCUCUGAGUACUGCAGUGGGAGGGAGUUGCUCUACAGCCUCAUAGAUAGGUUUCGUUACUCUGAGGAUGAUGUGGUGACUUACAUCGUGCAGAUCCUUCAGGGUCUAGACUACCUCCAUGCUCGCCGCAUCCUGCACCUGGACAUCAAGCCAGAGAAUAUUAUUGUGACACACAUGAAUCUCAUCAAGAUAAUCGACUUUGGAAGUGCUCAGACAUACAACCCUCUCUUCCUCAAGCAGUUCAGCCCUCCUAUCGGAACAUUGGAGUACAUGUCUCCAGAGAUGUUGAAAGGAGACGUUGUGGGUCCUCCAGCUGACAUCUGGAGUGUGGGAGUAAUGACUUUCAUCAUGUUGAGUGGCAGGUCGCCUUUCAUGGAAAAUGAUCCUCAGGAGACUGAAGCCAGGAUCCUGGCAGCCAAGUUUGACCUCUCUAAGCUCUACCAGAAUGUGUCCCAAAGUGCCUCCUUGUUCCUAAAAAAGAUCCUCUGUAGCUACCCCUGGGCCCGCCCCUCAAUCAAGGACUGCUUCAGUAACUCCUGGCUUCAAGAUGCCUACCUGAUGCGCCUUCGCAGGCAGACUCUCACCUUUACAACCACUCGUCUCAAGGAAUUGUUAGCUGACCAGCAGCGGCAGCGGCAGGAGGUGGCCACCAAGCAUAAAGUCCUACUUCGGUCCUACCAGAGCUCGCCACAAACACCCACCAGCCCCACCAUGCCAACUGUGCCCAUGUCAGCCUCCACACCUGUCACACAGUGAAAGCAGGCUUCCAGACAUCUGCUGGCAGGGCUUUCCAGGUGGAGAGGGUCAUUCUCAGAUUGAGGCGAGACUUUGGACUGGAAGAUUUUCUAAUUUUCUGGUUCCAAACAAGAAACUACCUUUAUAGUUAAGAGAACUUUGAGUAAAGCUGAAGAACUAUUACUACAGUAUAAAUAUCAUCAUACAGAAGAGGAUGCUGUCUUCAAAUGAGUACCUCAAAGUUUGCACCCUUUGCAUCCAUUUUGAAUGAAAUACUUAUAUUCUUACCAUUAUGUUUACCAUGAUGAGAGAAUCACACAUCACAGUAGCCUGUCACGGAAAGCUUAAUGAUACAGUUAUAGAGUGUCAGUGUAAAAACAUGGUGGUGUUUGGACUUAUUGAAAACUAAACUGAAGUAAAUUCCAAAUUGAAACAUACAUCUUAACAAAAUCCACAGUUAAAAAAGUUGAUGUUAAUAAAUGAAUUAAUACAAUUCAGUUUUUAACGAUCUAAAAACAGAUGAAAUCUUGUCUGCUUAUGCUUCCCAGAUUACCAGGAACAGAGAGGUUAAUACUGUUCUUGAAAGUCUCAACUGGGCUAUAUGUGCUCCGACAUAGCUGUAGCACUUCAGUGAAGGUCAGGAAUGUAGCAGUUCAAGAACGAAGUACUUUCCUUUUGAUUUUUGUUCAAUGUCUUGAGUUUAGAGGUGCACCAGUGGCUUCCAUACAAGGGCUACAAGGAAAGAAUGAUAUAGAUCUGUACAUCCACUCAUCAUACAAAGCAGAAUAAUCAUCACUGUCUAACUUUUGAAAGCUGGAUUAUUUUUUUAAUUUUGUGAUACAGUCAUUAUCUUUACUCUUCCAUAUAAAACAAAUUUCCUUCCAGCAGGGAUGUUAACAGCACAAGUGUUUCCCUGCAGGCAGGCACACAGGAUGUAUCAACUUUUCUUGAGGGGCUUAGGCUGCUUAAGCAAUGUACAAGAAAAUGGUCACACCACAUUUCUACAUAAAUAUUACUUGCAAGAUGGUAUGGUUUUAGUUUUAACCGUUGAGUGUAUCAUUUUAAUAGUCUCAAUCAUAUCUGCCUAUUUGUUAGCAAAUUUUAACCAAUGUUUUAAACAACAUCAACACUAAAAACUAAUUUAAUAUUCAGCACAGUAAAUAACUGCCUGUUGCCAUAUUGAAAAAAAUCAUUUUAGCUUUUUAACUGUUACUUUUCUAACUUCCUGUCACGGCUAGCUGUGCUGCAGCUCUAAUGCUUGGAACAAGAACAGGAUUUUAUUUGUGUCUUGUUUAUAACAGGGCUGUUAUAAAACAUAAGAAACAGUCCUGAAAGUGUCUGCUUUCUAUGAAACAAAGACUCAUGGGAGUUUUAAAAUGCAAUUUUUCUAGCUUCCUGUUGCAGCUAGCUACGCUGCAGUGCAUAAGCAAAUUGUAUUUAAACAGGAUCAAGAAGAAGUAUGGUAAAUGCAUAAUUGAAUCAAAGUUUUCAGCCCAUUGAAGUGUUAUAAACCUAUUGAAAUGCCACUAAAUGCCCUUAAGAAGCAGCAGUCAGCAUGUAAAAAGGUUAGAGAGGAUGAUGAUGAUUAGCUGAGUGUGCUAGUUCCUGUUUUAGCUUUCUGUUUCACCUGCCAACAGCUAUUAUUUUAAAAAGGAAGCUGUUUUUAUAAUUUUUUUUGUACAAUAAGGUUUCUGAGAGGCACAGUUCUUUUGUCAUAUUCAGAUAGAUUUGACUUCUAAAUCAACCUACAUUCACCAAGGUAAUUCAAAUUUUACAGCACACCGUAGACUGAUACAGUAUACUCAAAAAUACUCAGUAACAACGCAUUGUUUCAAACAGUUUCGGAUCUGAUUAUUUAAUUAUAAAAAGUUGGGUCAGCUGGUUUAAUUUUAUGUAUCUUGCCCUUCCAUUUGGGCACAUAUUUCAUUUUAAAGCAGCAUAUUUAACAUUUUGGAUGCUGAUGCCACAUGAAUUGCUAUCAGGCACAUUUUAAAGUAGCUUAAGGAAGAGAAUUAUCAUUUCAGUAACACAGUGCUGCAUCAUGCAUUAAAAGGUUGGCUGUUUAAAUAUGUUUACCAUUUGACAAACAUUGCAGAUAAUUCUGUGAAAUCUUCUCACUGAUUUAUUUAUUCUGUUUGUUUUGGCCGACUAAUUCUGCCCCUCAGCCCCAGCCCUACUUUGAUUCAUAGCAGUCAUUUUCCUAUGCAGAAAACAUGUCUUCAACUUGAAAAAAAAACAUGCAACAAAGGCAUGCAAAUGCAAUGCUGCAUUAAUAUAAAGUGCUGUGCAGUACAAGGACUAUUCCUUUACGACUGAAUGAAGGGGCAGAUGUUUGUAAGCAGUAACAGGGUUUCGCCACAUUUUGUAGUAUAAUCAGCAGAUAUUUUGUUGUAGUGCCACGUGAUGGAAAUAAGGCCCAGAGAGUAAACAUAAUGUUGUUUAAAGAAUGACUUGUUUAUUUUUAAGGUGGCUGCUUUGCGUGUGUGUGUUUUGGCUAAAAUUGUUCAUUUAUUGAGUUACUGUGUUUGUUACUACAGCUUCAGCUUUUUGUUUGUGAAAUCUCAGAGUCUGGCAUGGAAAUGGCAUGACAGGUGUUACAGUUACGAAAAAUAAAGGAAACGUGAUCAAAUA